AGAGUUGUGAUUAGUCGACACCAUGUCAUCUACUGCUACGUUCAACCCGUUCCUGGAUCCCUGCUAUGACGAGUCCUGGGGAUGCACUUUCAACAGUAUGUCCCCUUACAUGUGGGCUAAUCUCGGUAUUACCUUUUCUUUGGCAUUCUCCGUUAUCGGUGCUGCCUGGGGUAUCUUCCUCACCGGUUCCUCAUUGGUUGGUGCUGCUGUUCGUGCUCCUAGGAUUAAGUCUAAGAAUCUUGUGUCUAUUAUCUUCUGUGAGGCUGUCGCUAUCUAUGGUGUUAUUAUGAGUAUCAUCAUGAAUUCCAAGAUGGAGGGUGCUAGAGAAUUCGUUCCCCCAGCUAUCCCCACUGGUAACAUGGCUGUUGCCCAGGCUGCUGGAUACUGCCUCUUCGCAUGCGGUCUCUCUGUUGGUUUCUCUAACCUCUUCUGUGGUGUCUGUGUCGGUGUCUCUGGUUCCGGCUGUGCUCUUGGUGAUGCUCAGAAGCCCGAGUUGUUCGUCAAGAUGCUCGUUGUUGAGAUCUUCGGCAGUGCCCUCGGUCUUUUCGGUAUCAUUGUUGGUAUCAUCCAGGCUGGCCAGGGAACUUUCCCUAAGGACAUCACUCCCCAGAUCCCCAUGUAAAGAAGGAGCAUCCUCAUGAUGAUGAUGGUGAUGCUCGUUACUGAUAAACCGGUAGUGGCUUGAGUGGUUGUCUUCGAUCCGUUGCUGAUAGUCUCAAUAGUUGUUAAGACUCGUGGCAU